GUUCGAAAAUUCUGAAGAAGGUGGAAGUGCCGUUUGUGAAUCACACUCAGUGCCAGACUCUUUUGAGAAGUACCAGACUAGGCAAGCGCUUCAAUCUUGACAAGUCCUUCAUGUGUGCUGGCGGCGAGAAAGGACGAGAUGCUUGUAUGGGAGACGGAGGUAGCCCUUUGAUGUGCGCCACACAUCUGGGGAGCGAUCGGUACUUCCAAGCUGGAAUGGUAUCCUGGGGCAUUGACUGCGGUACAGAAAACGUACCAGGGGUCUACACAGACGUCCCAGAAGCCGUGGAAUGGAUAAAGAAUGAACUCAAUAAUAGACAAUUGUAUCUUUAG